AGAUUUGAUUCAAUAAAUUGGAAUACAAUUAUUAGCAAUAUGACUUCGCAUCCGGUUUUCAUUGACCUUUCCUUGGACGAGCAGGUGCAAGAGCUGCGCAAGUAUUUCAAGAAGUUGGGAGCUGAAAUCUCAUCGGAGAAAUCCAACAAAGGCGUUGAAGAUGAUUUGCACAAAAUCAUUGGCGUCUGCGAUGUUUGCUUUAAAGAUGGAGAGCCUUCUCAGAUCGACGGCAUCCUCAAUAGCAUAGUGUCCAUAAUGAUAACGAUCCCCCUGGACCGCGGAGAGAACAUUGUGUUGGCGUACUGCGAAAAGAUGACCAAGGCGCCGAACCAGCCGCUGGGCAAGGUGUGCUUGCAGUCGCUGUGGCGUCUGUUUAACAAUCUGGACACGGCCUCACCCUUGCGCUACCAUGUCUACUACCAUCUGGUGCAGGUGGCCAAGCAAUGCGAACAGGUUUUGGAAGUCUUCACUGGAGUGGAUCAGCUAAAAACUCAGUUUGCCAAUUGCCCGCCAUCCUCUGAACAAAUGCAGAAGUUGUACCGCCUGCUCCAUGAUGUCACCAAGGAUACUAACAUGGAGCUCUCUUCCAAGGUAAUGAUUGAGCUGCUGGGCACAUAUACGGCUGACAAUGCCUGUGUGGCACGCGAGGAUGCCAUGAAGUGCAUUGUCACCGCCCUGGCCGAUCCCAAUACAUUCCUGCUGGAUCCGUUGCUAGCGUUGAAGCCAGUGCGCUUCUUGGAGGGCGAUCUCAUCCACGAUUUGCUUUCCAUUUUUGUCUCUGACAAAUUGCCAUCGUACGUUCAGUUCUACGAGGAUCACAAGGAGUUUGUCAACUCUCAGGGACUAAACCACGAACAGAACAUGAAGAAGAUGCGCCUGCUGACGUUCAUGCAGUUGGCCGAGAGCAAUCCAGAAAUGACCUUCGAUACCCUGACCAAGGAGCUGCAAAUCACCGAAGAUGAAGUGGAACCCUUCGUCAUCCAGGUGCUCAAGACGAAACUGGUGCGUGCUCGCUUGGAUCAGGCCAACCGCAAGGUACACAUUUCAUCGACCAUGCAUCGUACAUUUGGCGCACCGCAAUGGGAACAGCUGCGGGACUUACUGCAGGCCUGGAAGGAGAACCUGAGCUCAGUCCGUGAUGGUCUCACAAAUGUUUCAUCCGCGCAAUUGGAUUUGGCCCGCACACAAAAGCUGAUACACUAGGCAGCCGUCAUAAAUGGUACAUAAAAACGAAACAUAAUCGAAAUGAUUGGCCAAGAAAAAACAAAUAUUUCGGGGCGUUUGAAUUACAAACUAAAUUAUUUUCAAGAAUGCGUAGAAAGCUUGAAUAAAUUUCUAAGUAAAUCGAA